ACAAUGAUUGAGGUGUCCUGAGAAAAACAAUGACUUUUUAGUUAUAUUACCAAUACAGUGAAUUAGUAUUUUGAUUUAAAUAUUUGAUUUUGUUUUGUUUAACUUCUGUCUGCAAGAAAUAAGUUCACUUGUUAAAGAAGACUGAAUACACUGAUUUUAAGUCGGAAAGCAAAGUUUGACUGUCUUCAUUUUCUUCACCCACGCCUCCAAAGCUCCGAGAGAAAAGCUCCCGACCUCUCAAGACAUCACCACAGUCAGCAAGUUUCGCUCUGAUGUGUUUUUGUUGGAGUCAGUCGUCAUAACUGGUGUCAAUCAAAGCUGACUACAGCUGCCAAGAUACAAACUUCAGAGCAACCUACAGGAGGGGACGUAGCUGGGAGCAGGAGGCGGAGAGGCGUUGUUUCUUAUCAGCGCGCUGGAGGCGGGGCAGGACACUCUGACGAAACAAAUCCUUGCUUGGCUUCACCUGCAGGAAAUGGACAACAUGGAGGACUGUGUGGACAAGGACCAGUGCAGUAGAUAUAAAGGGCUCAUUCUAAGCUCUGCAGAACACCCACCACGGAAGAAAGGCUGAACAAGAGCGCUGAAGUUUGGCAAUAAGAUAAUGAAAGGAGGAGAACAUUGAGAAAGAAGACACGGAGCUGCCGGGAGAAACUGAAGAAAACAAAGAUGGAGUUGUGGCGGCAGUGUGCGAUGUGGUUAAUCGACUGUCGAGUUCUUCCCGAGAACCACCGGGUCACAUGGGAGGGGGCACAGGUGUGCGACCUGGCUCAGGCUUUGAGAGAUGGCGUGCUGCUCUGCCAGUUGCUCAACAACCUGCUGCCUCAGGCCGUCAACCUGAGAGAAAUCAACCUGCGUCCACAGAUGUCCCAGUUCCUGUGCCUGAAGAAUAUCCGGACGUUUCUGGGAGUUUGUCAGGAGAAGUUUCAUCUCAAAAAGAGUGAACUGUUUGAGGCCUUUGACCUGUUUGAUGUCCGAGACUUCGGAAAGGUUAUAGACACUUUGUCCAUUCUCUCCCAUUCACCCAUUGCUACACAAGGAAGACUCCAGCCUUUUCCUUUGGGUGGAUGCGCUCCGGAUGAUGAGAUCUACAGUGGCCUGUCUGACCAGAUAGAUGACACAGUGGACGAGGAUGAUGACUUGUACGACUUUGUGGAGGAUGAGGAGAACGAAGGAGACGAGAUCUAUGAAGACCUGAUGAGGACGGAUGAACAACCUGAAACUCAGCAGAAGACCGGGGUAGACAAACGGGAGUGCUGCCUGCAGGAGAUCAGACAGACAGAAGAGAAAUACACUGAUACACUGGAAUCUAUAUUACAGCACUUUAUGAAGCCUCUUCAAAAGUUUCUCCAGCCUCAAGACAUAGAGAGUAUCUUCAUCAACGUAGAGGAGUUGGCCAUCAUUCAUCGUAGUUUGUUAGAAGAGGUUCGGAGUUCUAUCCUAGAUUACGGAGCCAAGAACCUGUACCAGGUGUUUCUGAGCUACAAGGAGAAGCUCUUACUGUACGGUCGUUACUGCAGUCAGGUGGAAACGGCGACAAAACACCUGGACAAGCUUUCAAAUACAAGGGAGGACAUCAGAAUGAAACUGGAGGAGUGUUCGAACAGAGCAAAUAGUGGGCGUUUUUCUCUCAGAGAUUUACUCAUGGUUCCUAUGCAGAGGGUCCUCAAAUAUCACCUACUGUUGCAGGAGCUGGUGAAGCACACCACAGACCCUGCAGAGAAGGACAAUCUUCGUUCAGGUCUUGAUGCCAUGAGAGACUUGGCGCAGUGUGUGAAUGAGGUGAAGCGAGACAAUGAGAUCAUCAGACAGAUCACCACCUUCCAGUUGUCCAUAGAAAACAUGACUCAGUCUCUAGCUUUUUACGGUCGCCCGAAGAUCGACGGUGAGCUGAAGAUCUGCAGCCCAGAGAAAAAGUCUAAACAGGACAGGUAUGCAUUCCUCUUCGAUAAGGCCAUGUUUAUCUGUAAGAAGAAGAGCGGAGAGACAUUUGAGCUAAAGGAGAUCAUUGAACUACAGCACUACCAGAUACGAGACGAAACCACAGGAGAAAAGGACAAUAAGAAGUGGUCCUAUUUGUUCCUUCUGCUGGACUGCUAUGGGAGGUGUGGAUACGAUUUAUUCUUCAAAACCAGAGAGCUGAAGAAGAAAUGGCUGGAACAGUUUGAGAUGGCACUGUCGAAUAUGUGUCCAGAUAACUCCACGGCCAACAACCAUGACUUCCAGAUGCACUGCUUCGAGGAAACCACCUCCUGCAAGGCCUGCUCGAUGCUGUUGAGAGGAAUAUUUUUCCAGGGCUAUCGCUGCACUCGCUGUAAAAUGGCAGCACAUAAAGAGUGUUUAGGCAGAGUCUCUGCUUGUGGUCGAAACUCAGAUCAUGCUGGUACUGUAAGGAAGACUAAAACACAGAGGUCCUCCGGACAUUCCAACGUUGAUCUCCCUCCUCAAAACAUCUCCUCCUCGCUCUCGGCUUCAGGAUUUCCUAAGAUGGAGGUUUGUCAAGAGUAUUAUGGCUUGCCUCCGCCCCCAGUGGGCUUUGGCCAGCCACUUAACCUCUCCAAAGGGGACAUCGUUGAGCUGACCCGGGCAGAUGUCGACCUGCCAUGGUGGGAGGGAAGAAACCUAACUGUUGGUCAGAUGGGAUGGUUCCCCUGCCAAAAAGUUCAGCCGUACAUCUCUAGGCCGACCUCUGACCUGUCUGGCUUCAGCUGGUUCGCGGGAAAUAUGGACAGAACGGCUGCCAAAAACCUGCUGAUGUCCCGGUCUGAUGGGACGUUCCUUGUGCGGCAGAAAGACGGAGGAGAGUUUGCUAUCAGCAUCAAGUUCAACAUGGACAUCAGACACAUUAAGAUCACGUCCACUGACGGCCUGUACCGCAUUAAUGACAAGAAAGCGUUCAAGGGUUUAAUUGAGAUGAUUCAGUUUUAUCAGCAGAACUCUCUGAAGGAGUAUUUCAAGGAUGUGGACACCACGCUGUGUACGCCAUACAAACAACCUGAGCAAAGCAACUCGCCAAACAACACGCCAAACACCACGCCGAAUACCACACCAGGAGGCAGCAUGAGGAGUUUCGGCGUAGUGAGGGCCAGGUAUGACUUCUCAGCCAGAGACCGCUCCGAGCUGUCGCUGCGGGAAGGAGACACCAUCAAGAUCCUCUCCAAGAAAGGUCACAGUGGCUGGUGGAAAGGAGAGGUGUACGGCCGGGUGGGGUUCUUUCCAGCCAACUAUGUGGAGGAGGACUACUCUGACUACUGCUGACGUGGCUCCUGAGGAGAUGUGUAGACCCAUUUUUGGAGGUCUGUGCGAUUGCAUUAACCCAUAUGCACGAGUGUGGCUGUGUGCGUGUGAGAACGAUGCUGUUACUUGUGAUCCAAUGACUGUCUAGUGAUGUGAAUAAAACUUUUGUCCAGCCGA